AAUUAUCUUGUUACUCCUGAUAUUGGUCAGCUUUAGACCAAGUGUAUUUAAGUCGUCGGCAUCGAGACGCAUCCUGUAUCCUCUACGCAAAUUAGUGCUGCUACUCCCUUGGUAGCUUUCCAGUCCAAACCCAAUUAAAAUGUACCGCAUGUCCUCCACUAAACUCACCAAACACUUCCAUUGUGGCUGAACCUGUUGGCUUCCACAUUGAGUAAAUGUCACUUGUAGGAUGUGUUCAGUUGUUGAACACAAGUCAAUUUAAACUUUAAAAAAGAAUGAUGACAAUUAGCUGUCAUUGUAUUUAGCCUAAUAGGCAUUGAUGCAUAUAUGAUCAGGUAUAGGACAUCCUCAGUUUAUCCAUUAUUGGUCUUAAAAUUAAGUGCACAGAUGAUCAAGAAACCAGACUUCAAAACCAAUUGAGUAUAUGCCGAAGGAAAGCUCUAGGGAGAGUGAUAUCAGGUGACACCUGUUGUGAACUGGCUAUAGAUACGAUUGCAUUGAGCUAGUUGUAAGAAAAUAAAUAAAUUGAACAUAUUGCAUGUAAAGUAGAUGCCGUAAAUGUCAUAAAAAAGUUAUUGUAGAGCAUACAAACAAGAAGAUAGAACAAAUAGAAACACAUUUUGCGUUGUUUCUUUAACAGCACUGCUAUUGAGGCCUACCCAGAUUACAGUUAAUUGGAUUUGGCCACACCUUGUGACACUGCAGAACACGUCCUCAGAGGGGGAGAGGGGAGGAUAAGAUGGUGUCCUAUUAGCAUUAGUAUGAUGCACAGUCAAUUUAGAGGGUGAUCUCUUUUUUUCUCUCACUCUCCUGCCAAUAUGUUAAUUCAAGGUACCACUUAUAGGAAUGAUCUGCAAUUGCUGCAACAUAUAGAAUAUUAGUUAUAUAAUAUACAUUUAUUCACAUUUUAUCUAUGUUAGCAUUUUUCAACAUCAGCUGAUUUGUUAGGACACAAGGUUGCAGGACAGCUGCCCAGCAGUGUUUCAUCAAAUGACAAUUUCCUGCAUCUAUAAAGAUAACUUCUUUGUCACCUUUCAAACCAUUGGUCAUUAAAUGAAGAGACCUGAUGUUGACAUUUUUCUGUGUUGUUCUUGCUCUCUGAACUCUGUUAGUUAUUGAGUCUAAAGUCUGUGUGCGUCUGUGUCUGUGUUUACCCGUUGCCCUUUCAAGAUAUCAAUCUAAUGUUGGUUGGAUUUCUGGGUUAAUCUAGUUGGCAAAUGGGACACCAGCCCUGCAUAAGUCAAAUGGAAGCGGUCGUGACUAUGAGAUGGGAAUAGUUAAAAAUAACGCUUAAAGCAAUUCACAAGCACUCAAAGCACAUAAACGCUGAUUCACACUUUAUGCAAAUGAAUGGGAUUAUAGCUGAAGGUGAGUCGCUGGCGGGAAAGGCUUAGCGUACACUCACUUAAUGCCUCUCCCCCUAAGAUUUUCCUGUUUGCUUUGAGAAGAUAUGACCUUUGGAUGAAAUGAUGUUCCAUAAAGACGUCAUUCAUAAGGACACCGUAUUAUUUAAAUAUUAUUUCCGCACAGGGCAGACUCAGACAGGUGGCCGCAGGCUGAACCACAAUGAGCCACAACCGUAUCCGAAGCUGGUUAGGGGCAUGUAAUACAGUUGCCCCUAACCACACAUCGGAUCCCAAAGUGUGUGGAUAACCAUUGCAGUGGCAUAAUGUGAGCAGAUUGUGAGCUAUACUCCUCUACAGCUAAGCUCACACAAUCUUUUUCUCACAACUAUGUGAUCCGUCUAACCGCUCAGCUCCACCUCAGUCAACAUUUAAUUCAUCUCGGACACGCCGCCAUUACAACGAUUUUCAGACAAGCCCCGGGACUUUGUGACUUUUUGGUUUUAAGAAUAGAACACAAAUACAGCGAUUGUUUUCAUGCCAGAAGCAUGACGGAGCAGGAGCAGGCAGAGGAGACAGGCACGCUCGCAACCCAUGAUCCUGACCCUGCAAAGGAGGAAGACACGCAUGGGAACUUCAGGUUUCAGCUGAUUGAAGACCUAUCCUAUGAAGAUGUGAAGAAAUGCUACCGGGGCUCGACUGUCAGCAAGUACAACUCCCAGUACCACAAGCUGUUCCAGUGCGUGCCCAAGGACGAGAUCCUCAUGAAAGUGUACUCCUGUGCUCUCCUCAGAGACAUCCUGCUGCAAGGCAGACUGUACAUAUCCAGGAACUGGCUGUGUUUCUAUGCCAACCUCUUCGGCAAGGACAUCAAGGUAGCCAUCCCUGUGGUCUCUGUGAGACUGGUGAAGAAGCACAGGACAGCUGGUCUGGUUCCCAACGGUCUGGCCAUCACCACAGACACCAGCCAGAAGUACGUGUUUGUCUCGCUGCUGUCCAGAGACAGCGUCUACGACGUGCUACGGCGGAUAUGCACCCAUCUGCAGGUGAAUGGAAAGAGUCUGAGCCUGAAGCAAUACAUGGAGGAACCUGUUCUGUCUCUGCUAACUAAACCCCCGAUGAUGUCGUGGCGGCAGGAUGAGUUCCCGGCAGUGGAUGAGUUCCCGGCAGUUUUGAAGUGGCGCCGGAAGCCCUCGGUGGUGUCCGUGACCUCCACCCUGCCGGACCUCCUGGGGAACUCCACCAGCAGCCUGAGCACCGGGGACCCAGCCUUCCAGAAGGCUGUGCCGCUGGACGGUGAGCAACCACCAGAAGGAGCCCUGCAGACGGAGAGAGGUCUUCUAUCUGAGCCAACGGGCGAGUUGGGCCAGAUGGAAUACCAGCUGCUCAAGUUCUUCACCCUGCUCAUCAUCCUGCUCAUCCUGUCUUCCUGCUACCUGGCGUUCCGUGUGUGUAGUCUGGAACAGCAGUUGUCCUUCCUCAGCAACCCCACGAUACCGCUCCGAGAGUGGUAACUGCUGCUUCAGCCUGGGACACUUGCCCGCUGUCAGGGGGAUGUCUAUCCUAACGGGACCAAGAACAAUUUACUACUGCUCAGCACAGUGCAAAGUAAAUGUAGCCCAAUAACAUUACUAACCCUGGAAAAGGCAUUGGUAGAUAUAUCCUCUAAUUCUACACUGGACAAUGGAUCCUACUCUCCCAUCAUUAUUUCCUCUCUAUGCAAACUGCCUAUUUUUUAUUUUUUUUGGAAUACUGUAUGUGUACAGUAAUUUGUUAUAAAUCCGGUCUUCUCAUUUCUGUUUGUCUUAUUUUUUUUGAAAAUGGAAACACAGGAAACUGGACACCUGUAUGAGAUGUGAAUUAAUGUAAUUUCACAAUGCAAAAGGAGGAUCUCACUAGCUUUGAUUCAUCCAUGAGUCAAUGCUGGAUACUUGUGACUGAUGGACACUGCAGAUGCAUUGCAGGGUGGGAAGAGUUUAAAGGGACAUUCAUUUCAACAUUCUCUUUUGCCCAUUUUUCAAGAUUGUUACAUUAAGGCUGAAUUGGGAGACGCUAGGGGGCAGUGAUGGAGGAAUAACCGUGUAUAGUCUUUGUUAGCUUAUUUUGUCCAGAAGUGAUGUUCUUUGUAACAUUCGUUGUAGAUGCAAGUUUGUGUUAGUUUUUAAAUUAUGUAACGGUUGAAGACACCAACAUCAAUGCACUUUUGGAGGGGAUGUCCGUUGUUUUCAAAUGUAUGUUCAUGUUGUUAGUUUAUGAGACUACAUUUAUCUAUAAUUUUUUUUGCUUGAUUCUAGGUACUGUUUGGUCCUAACAAAGGCUAUUAUGAAAGGUCAAAGGUAAUUAUGAAAGGUUGUGGUUAGGCCACAGAUACUUGACAAUGAUUGGUGACAUUUCAUUGAACUGUGACACAAUCAACACCACUGGCGUUUGUGUUUCUUGAUGUGAAUGACGUGGCGAUGCUUGUCAACAGAUAAAUAUAUUUUAUUAUGAGAUGUCUAUUUUUAUCAUGCUAAUGUAGUAUCACUGUAAUUUGUGUCACUUGGUAUUUCAAAGGUUGCACAGAAGACUAAUCUAGGAAACUGUCCUCGUCCAUUUCAAUUUCAUAUUUUGUUUGCAAAGAAUACAGAAAUUCAAAACAAUGUAUUUUCUUUCUUCUUAACUGUUUUUUUUGUGUUUUGAGUCAAUGUUGUGCCAAUUUCGAUGAGGCUUAUUUAUUAGAUGUAUAUUAUCUUUCUCACAACAGAACUAGUCAUGGUGCUUGCUCAGUGCCCCCGCAAACAACAAAUAACAACAAACCCUAGAAUGUUGGCCAACUCUGUUUGAGUUGUUCGCCAACAGCCAACCAAAAUGGCCCUCUGGCAUGAUGUUUUCGGCGUUUGUGCGGUUAGUGUGCAAGUACCUUUUUAGAGUGGAUGCUAUAUGGACAAUAUGUAUUAAUGCACAUCAGGGUUAAUUAUAAGUUAGUUAUUACUUUGUUUCUAAUCAAUGUUCAAGAAUGUUGUAGGUAUUGAAUGGAAUUGGAAAGAAGUCACCUGGUUACAGACUACAGCUGUUUUGCUAUUUCAAAAGGCUUCAUGGAUACACAGUGCAAUUAGUCUAACUUAUUAAACUGACUGAGUGUUGUUUCUAGUAAAAUAAAUCAAAACUUUUGGAAAAAUAUUUGUCUGUGCUGAAUUCAAGGGUCAAGUUCAAGUUACUCAUUUUUGUACCAGAGAAAUUCUUAUGAGUUUUUGUGGGAUCCACUACAUUAGCUCAAGGUAGCCUACUUUACUGCCCGCCUAAUGGGCAUUGGGCUAGUUAAUGAAAAAAGCUCCUUGAAAGAUGACUGUUAUCUGUCAAAUGUUGCAUAGACGUUAUUCGUGAUAGUUGAAUUACUAUGCAUGGCAUUACUGUGAUGUUUAUACCACCAGUAUAGUUGUCACCAUUCUAAAAUCACAAUGAGCGCUGGAUCGACUGUUCCUACAUUAAAGGAGUGGCCACAGAGGAAGGCACUUUGUUAAAUUCAAGCGGUCUUGCCUGCACGUUUUUUGUUCACUCAAAAAGUUUGUUCACUCAAAAUUUGAUUCUUUCAACCAAAAGAAAGAUUUAUAAACUUUAGCAACAGUCUAUUUAGUAUAUUGUCAUUUGAGGUAUCUGAUACUUAUUCUGUAUUCGUUGAUUUGCCAUAUUCGUCUUUCAGGUUUGCUAUUGCCUCCCAGAUAGGACAAUGCAGGGGACCCGUUAUCCUUGACCUGAAUGCAGGGUUGCUUUCCCUGGAUUUAUUUGAAUGCUAAAUUUACUUGUGAACGAUUGCAAUGAGUCUGAUAAGAUCUAAACACAUGCGCACAUGCAAAACAUGAGGGAAAGCAAAAGUUUGUGGGUUUUCGACCACUUGAUAAUAUGUUUAAGCACCUAUUUGGGUAGUGUGUUCCUGUGGUUUUUUUUUUUCACUACUUCUCCUUUUCAUUUUUCUAGUGCUAGUCACUUAUCUCUGUUGCCAUCUGUUCUUCAUAAGCCUCCUGGGACCUGUUCAGACACCCCCUUUUUCUACACUCUUUCUACACGUGUCAGAAGCUAGGUAUGGAUUAAAUCAUGAGAAUGGUUGUGCGUUUAGUAGGAAUAAUAUGUGGGUAACAUCCUACGUGUACGUCGCUAGUUCCUCCACUCUCCAGGAAAGGUUUUGCAUGUCUGGAGGUGUCAACGAUUUGAGACUGAGUACUUAUCCAGAAGGGGCUUUAAUGUUGGCUUUGACCCAUAUAACCUGAUGGUACAGCCUGCCCUUUAGGAACUGUCCAAACCAUGGCUUCUCAAACCAGUUAGGAUCAA